CCAAUCCCGACAUACUGCUGCACUGUCGACGUCAGUCCAGCAGCGGUGCCCGCUUUGGACGACUGAUACUGCUUCAGUAGGAGGAAGAACCGUCAUUGUCCGCAGCGUCUUCUCCGAGCAGCCGGUCCCGUUACAAGGCGCUCGCUCGCCUGCCCAGCCACUACCGGCACUGAAGCUUCUAAAGCAAACAAGGGAGGCAGACGGCAUCGGCCCGUUGUUGCUUCCUGACGAGCCUUCCCUCGACGUCGGCCUUGCACCGCCGACGUCUGCUCCUUUGACGACGACGACGGGGGAGGAGGUGAUCUUGCCGGGAUUACAAGCUGCGCGUCGGCGCCGACGGACAAACCUGGCUCCCGCUCUCCGCUGGCUCCUUGGCCGGGAAGACGACAGGUUCACCAUGACCUUGGUUCACAGAGGCUACGUCCAAGUGCUGCCGGCCGGCACAUCGACCACCAAACUCCAGGCUUCUAACCGAAGUCGACAUCAACAGUUGACUCCAAAACGGGCACAAGACUUGUUCUUCCCGGCUAUGAUCCCUGAGCCGGACUACAGCGACUCCGAGGACGAGCGCGAGCAACAGCGGCGGCGACCCCCCGUGAGGAUGCCCGGCAUGGCGGCCGCCCACCCGCACCACAACGAGGCCCAGUUGGCGCACGUGAACGACGAGGGCCUCAUCGUGCCCCGCAAGCUGCCCAACCCGUGCGCCGAUUCGGCCGAGCGGAAGAGCCUGCACAGGGAGCUGCUCUUCAACCAGAAGAUGGGCAAGAGCGUGCUUGGCCAGAAGAGCGAGCUUCAGAAGGCGAUGGAGAAGAUGAAGGACGAGCAGCGCCGGAAAGAGCUCGAAGAGGAGCGAGUCAAAGGACGCACGGCGCUCGAGAAGCGCCUCGAGGAGCAGGCCAACAAGCUCAAGCUGCACGAAGAGACCGAGGUGAUAAAGACCGACCUGCCCAGCUCUGAAGAGUCAGAGUUCCUGCGGGUGCACGCCCGUGUCUGUUCCCACACAUUGCCUGUUGACUCCAAGUCGUAGUUGCAUGGCCUGUCCUCCAAGCAACCGCUGCUGCCGAUGUCAUAUCUUGUCGAAAGACCACCCAUGUACAUAGUCCCCAAUAUGUUUUUUUUUUUUGCCUUCCUUUAUCCCUGGUCCUUAUUAACAGACACGUGAGAGCAGAUGGCCUGAGAAAGGCCCUCUGCGAGUCUAUUUUUGUGCUUGACGAGCCUUUGUCAUAGGAAGAGCUUCGAGAGACGCGACGCAUAGCUACACCGCAGGCCGCUGUGUGGUGGUACUAAAAGCUUGCAGUCAUUACCGUAGGUGUUACGCCUUUUUUGAACCUGACGAGAUAAAAAAAUGAUGCUGUUGACUAGUGUGUUUCAUGAGUACCAUUAAAGAGAAUCAUGGAGAUUUCUCUGAA